UUCUAUAAAAGACGCGCAAAGUCCGGAAUAGUAGCUUUAAAUAGUCUUAUUCGAAGUGUUAAAGAUCGCCUUAGUAAAGCCAGUGCCGCUAAGUUAAUAGGAGCACCUUACGACCAUUUGAUGCCAGCUAGAGCAAGCGUUCUCGCAAUCAUGUAUUACGACCUUAAAGACCGCUUUAACGGUUCUAUUGCCGGUUCUCUCACUACGCUUAGUAGAACUAACCUUAUAACACUUACGGCAGGCCUAGACUCGAAUGCUAGAACAAAUGCAAUAGUUAUUAACAUCCAGGAUCAGCUAGCAAUGUUAGCAAGGGGGUUAGACAAACAAGCCUUAAAGAAUAAACGAGUUCCUACUAAUUCCGCAAAGAUUUCUUACAAGACGUUUACUAAGGAGAUUCUUCAAUUACGAGAAGAAAUGGUUAAGCAAGGCAAAGACGGGAAGGAAACCCGUAGACAACUCGAGGAGACGGUCUUCUACUUUAACGAUUUCAUAGACGAGUACCGUGUAAAGAAAGACAGGACGGCUGCUAGGAAUAACACCUCCUCUAUUAUACCUCGUAAAUCCGUAAAGUCCAUACCUCGUAAACCGGAUCCUAGCGACAGCCUUUCCGAAUUUAAGGAUACUAACGAUGAAGACUCCGCUACCGUUAAUCCCGCCGUCAAAGUUAAUAGUCUAGCUAUCGUUACCGGCAAUAAACCUCCUAACGGCGAAGACCUCUACGCAGAAUUUAAGGACUUAAUCGACGAAGUUAACAAGGAUACUACGAGCAAGGUUAUCGACGUAACUAGUAGCGAGGAGGAUGAGGAGUAA